CAGAGACAGACCUCAGCUCAGUCCUGCGGCUCCCAUUGGCUGGCACUUUGUACAAAAUCUAACUCAAACCACUUCACUCACAACACACCAACAAAUCCUAAAGGCGUACAUGCAGCCUCCCUCCUUCACUCCGCCGCUGUCGCAACGCUUCAGAACCUCAUGUAGGCGCUCAACGCUUAACUUUUAUCUCCAGUGAAGACGGCUGCUCCUGCUCUGCUCGGGUUUGUGAUAUUCUCCUUUUAUGCGACAGGACGUCGUCGAUUUCUACUGACUUUUAUUAUUUCUCCCGGAGGACACCAAGUAGACAAAGAAUUUUCCAGUCAUCCCUGCCAAGGUGCCAGGUGUAAUACGGACCACACGGCGAACAGAGGACACCGAAUACUCCUCGGGAGCUCCAUCAAUUUUCAAAAUUUUCUCCAACUUCAGCACUCAGACAAACAUUAGCAUGAUGUCGUAUCUAAAGCAACCACCUUACACAGUUAAUGGCCUCAGCUUAACUACUUCCGGCAUGGAUCUUUUACAUCCAUCAGUGGGCUAUCCAGCCACUCCACGGAAGCAGAGGCGAGAACGGACUACUUUUACGCGCGCACAGCUCGACGUUUUGGAGGCUCUAUUUGCUAAAACUCGGUAUCCUGAUAUAUUCAUGCGCGAAGAGGUAGCGCUGAAAAUCAAUCUACCUGAAUCCCGGGUACAGGUCUGGUUUAAAAACCGGCGGGCAAAGUGUCGCCAGCAGCAGCAGCAGCAGCAGAAUGGGGGGCAGAACAAAGUGCGACCUGCCAAAAAGAAAAGUUCCCCAACCAGAGAAGUGAGCUCGGAAAGCGGGGCCAGCGGCCAGUUCACACCCCCCACCAGCACCACCACGGUCCCCGCCAUCUCUACCAGCACCGCGCCAGUGUCCAUAUGGAGUCCGGCGUCCAUUUCUCCCCUCUCAGAUCCCUUAUCUACCUCCUCCUCUUGCAUGCAGAGGUCUUAUCCUAUGACCUACACACAGGCCUCGGGCUACAGCCAGGGCUACGCCGGGUCGACGUCCUACUUCGGGGGUAUGGACUGCGGCUCUUACCUCACUCCCAUGCACCACCAGUUGUCAGGCCCGGGGUCAACUCUCAGUCCGAUGAGCACAAACGCAGUCACAAGCCAUCUGAACCAGUCCCCGGCGUCCCUCUCCACCCAGGGAUACGGGACGUCCGGCCUGGGCUUCAACUCCACAGCAGACUGCUUGGAUUAUAAGGACCAAGCGGCAUCGUGGAAGCUGAACUUCAAUGCCGAUUGCUUGGAUUAUAAGGAUCAAACGUCCUCGUGGAAAUUCCAGGUCCUGUGAACCGAGCAAUCAGCUAUCAAAAAGUGCACAAACAGUGACGAUCACACGAGACACAGCGCUGCCAUCCCUCAACAGAACACUUCAGACUGGGUAAAAACGUGAGCCUGGUACACCGAGGCAGGGCUCUCAGGGGGGCCUCUAGUUUUUGGCAUGAUGGUCUUUGGUCCUCCUAGAGGAGAAGUUAAUGUAUUUUAGCACUGGCAAAGAGAUUUCCCCUCUCCCGUUUAUUCACCGGUUGUAGCCCUUCUUUAUCUGUCAGUGCGUACCUAUGUGCGUAAAAAAACAGACAAACAAACAAAAAAACACCACCUGUUGAGGACGUCACAGAGUGGACUCAGAAAGAAAAGCACACCACAGCCACGGAAGUAAAAGAACAAAACUCAAGUUAAUAGUCCUGCUGAAGUGCUCGGGAUGGACAAACCUUCUUAAAGCUUCUUAAACAACUUUGCCGCCCUGCCGGCAGAGUGUGUGACACGAGGAUGGCGUGUGGACAUGGAUGCACUACUUUAUUUAAGAAAAAAAAGUGUUUAUAAGGAAUCAAUAUGUAGUUUCUAAGAGACAAUCAGUGUGCGUCUUAUAUAAAUGGUACAUAUGUGGUUUCUUUUUUUUUUUUAUCUGUGCUAGCCUUCGAAACUGUGAUCUGUUGUAUUGUAUGCAAUUUGUGAGCCCCC